AUGACUCUGUGCGAUGCGAAUACUGAAUUUUGCUACAAGCAAGUGAUGCCAAAUGGCAUCACUGUGAUGGAUUGCGACAAAAGUAUAGAAUUUGGAUUUUGCAAAGUUGGGAGAGAGGGAUGUGAGGAACGGGAUAUUAAAGGACAGAUAUGCUGCUGCACGAAAUCGAAGUGUAAUGCAUCUGUACGGUCGUGCAUACAUCAUUUCACCUUGAUUGCUUCAAUCACAUUAAUUAGUAGUAGCAGAUUCCUUUACUGA